GGAGCUGAAAAUGCAGAUUUAGCCUCAAGCACAGACAUACACUCGCUCUUUCUCUCAGAUACACACAGCUCCCCACAUUCGCACCUCUGCCAGCGAGCCUGACUACACGGCUUCCCCGCCAGCCAGAUGCUGGAGGAGAACAAACAUUGAUUUGCUGCUUUCCGAGCCCCUAAUUAGUCUUUUUCCCAACACAAAGAUUUUUUUUAAACAAACAAAAAACUAUAUAAUUUUUUUAUUUGCACCUUUCCUCCGAGUCCCCCGCUCCACCAGCCUGCGCGCCUCCUAGCACCACUUUUCACUCCCAGAGAAAGAUGAAAGGUGGCUGUAUCUCCCAGUGUAAGGCGGCCGCCGGGCUCCUCUUCUGUGUCAUGGUUUUUGCAUCUGCCGAGAGACCGGUCUUCACGAAUCAUUUUCUUGUGGAGUUGCAUAAAGGAGGAGAGGAAGAAGCUCGCCAAGUUGCAGCAGAACACGGCUUUGGAGUCCGAAAGCUUCCCUUCACUGAAGGCCUGUACCACUUCUAUCACAAUGGCCUUGCAAAGGCCAAGAGAAGACGCAGCCUACAUCACAAACAGCAGCUGGAGAGAGACCCCAGGGUAAAGAUGGCCUUGCAGCAAGAAGGAUUUGACAGAAAGAAGCGGGGGUAUAGAGACAUCAACGAGAUUGAUAUCAACAUGAAUGAUCCUCUUUUUACAAAGCAGUGGUAUCUGAUCAAUACCGGACAAGCUGAUGGCACUCCUGGCCUUGAUUUGAACGUGGCAGAAGCCUGGGAGCUGGGAUACACAGGAAAAGGUGUUACCAUCGGAAUUAUGGAUGAUGGGAUUGACUAUCUGCACCCGGACCUGGCCUCGAACUACAACGCCGAGGCGAGCUAUGACUUCAGCGGCAACGACCCCUAUCCUUACCCUCGAUACACAGACGACUGGUUCAACAGCCACGGGACGCGAUGUGCAGGCGAGGUUUCUGCCGCAGCCAACAACAAUAUCUGUGGGGUUGGAGUGGCCUACAACUCCAAGGUCGCAGGUAUCCGGAUGCUGGACCAGCCGUUCAUGACGGACAUCAUCGAGGCCUCUUCCAUCAGCCACAUGCCUCAGCUGAUCGACAUCUACAGCGCCAGCUGGGGCCCGACAGACAACGGGAAGACGGUGGACGGGCCCCGUGAGCUCACGCUUCAGGCCAUGGCCGACGGCGUCAACAAGGGCCGAGGAGGCAAAGGCAGCAUCUACGUGUGGGCCUCCGGGGACGGUGGCAGCUACGACGACUGCAACUGUGACGGCUACGCCUCCAGCAUGUGGACCAUCUCCAUCAACUCGGCCAUCAACGACGGCAGGACCGCCCUGUACGACGAGAGCUGCUCCUCCACCUUGGCCUCCACCUUCAGCAAUGGCAGGAAGAGGAACCCCGAGGCCGGCGUGCUGGUAUCCAGCCUGGGCCUGACCUGGAGAGACAUGCAGCAUUUGACUGUGCUCACCUCCAAACGGAAUCAGCUUCACGACGAGGUCCAUCAAUGGCGGAGGAAUGGGGUUGGCCUGGAGUUUAAUCACCUCUUUGGCUACGGGGUCCUUGAUGCGGGCGCCAUGGUGAAAAUGGCGAAAGACUGGAAAACCGUGCCUGAGAGAUUCCACUGUGUGGGAGGCUCCGUGCAGGACCCUGAGAAAAUACCAUCCACUGGCAAGCUUGUGCUGAGCCUCACCACCGAUGCGUGUGAGGGGAAAGAAAAUUUCGUCCGUUACCUUGAGCACGUCCAAGCUGUCAUCACAGUCAAUGCCACCAGGAGAGGAGACCUGAACAUCAACAUGACUUCCCCGAUGGGCACCAAGUCCAUCUUGCUGAGCCGGCGUCCAAGGGAUGACGACUCCAAGGUGGGCUUUGACAAGUGGCCUUUCAUGACCACCCACACUUGGGGGGAAGACGCCCGAGGAACCUGGACCCUGGAGCUGGGGUUCGUCGGGAGCACAGCCCAGAAGGGGGUGCUGAAGGAGUGGACACUGAUGCUGCAUGGCACGCAGAGCGCGCCUUACAUCGACCAGGUUGUGAGGGAUUACCAGUCCAAGCUGGCCAUGUCCAAGAAGGAGGAGCUGGAGGAGGAGCUGGACGAAGCUGUGGAGAGAAGCCUGAAGAGCAUCCUGCACAAGAACUAGGGCUGCAGCCGGGCCUCGACCACCUCCCUCCCUCCCCCAUCUCUGCCUCUCUGUCCUUGGUCCACCCUCUGUCAGGAACCGAGCAACUACUGUCACCCUCACAUAAGCGACUCCACCCUCUUGAUCUGAAGCUUUGCUCACUGUCAAUGAUUCUUUUCAUCACAAUGGACGCCAUCUUUUUACUUCUAUGCCCCAAAUACAGUGUUCCAACCAAAACCUAUGUCCCAUUUGUGACUCUGAAGUUCUUUAUUUGUGUCAUUCAAAUAGGUGAUAGCCAGCAAACAAAACUGGGACAGGUUUCUCCUCCAUUUUGUUCAUAUCUGAGAAGAGAAUGCAUUUAAAAAGCCACACAGAGUGACUCCAAGAACGUUUAUUCAUGGUCUCGACUGAGGACCUGUUACAUAAAAAGGGAAAGAUGAUAACAGAAGGUGAGCUCUGAAUCUCUAAAGCACAACAGAUGCUGUAAGUCCUUUGGGGGAAAAUGUUUUGAACUUAGCAAGAUUUUUCAGUGACAUAGAUGAAGGGGGUGUGUGAUGCAAAAGACAGCAUCCAUGGCGGCCCCAGUCACUGGCUGGGGAAGAAAGUGUCCAAAAGUAUGAGCAUUGGAAAUCGUACCACCAACGCCAACAGCAUAACUUGUCCUACUCAGCCAGUGUGAUCCAUAUAAAACCUAAGUAGCGUGGCUUUCCUUUUCACCAGCUGCUGCUGUGUUAUGGUAGAAUUUGCCAGAGAAGCCCGAAUUACUCAGUUUGUAUAGAAAUCAUGCCAGCCCCAAUUUUCUGGGGUUUCUCACAUAGCUAUCCAAAAGAAAAAAGGCAAGGCAAGUCUGGCAACACGUCUAGGAAAGAAUAGCUCAGUGGCUUAGAACACAGGGAAUGUUCCUCUUCCUAAAUCACUUUAGAGCUUCUGAAUCAGAUUGAGAAGCGAGAUGAGUAUUUUGGGCACACUUAUACUUGGGCUUCGAUUUCUAAAACAAAUGGUUGUGAUUCUUUGAUGUGUUGGGGAAAUGGCCUCCGUUCUGGAAGAGGUGUGUGAAGGGUGAAGGGGGAGUGUUUGAAGAUGUGGACCUCCAUUUGUGUGGAGCCUCUUCCGCCAAAGGGGGGAAAUGCUGACCCAACCCCCAACAACGUGAGGCCUGAAGGAAGCAAGAGAAGACCUCUGUAGGGAAAGCACAGUUACCGUUUGACAACUAAGCAACCCGUGGAGAUGUUUAACAUGCAACCCAAAGGUGACACACUCUUCCCCCUGUCGACCCCGAAAGACACAGCACCAUUUCACUACCAAAUAGAAAUGGCUUUCUAUUGGACCCAUCAUUACUUUGUUUUUCUCCCCAAGGAUUGGCCCCUUUAUUGGUUUGAUUAGAUUCCCAGGAACUGAUUAACCACUUCUGGCUGCACUUCUCCCUUCCCACAGAAGUGUGUAGCUAAGCUCGGAGUUCCUUUCCUUAAAGCCAGCAACACAAGGGCACUAGGUUCCAUUCCUUGAAGACGGCAACUUUAAGAGAAAACUCUGGAAAACCCAUUUUCUUUCUUUUCUCCCCCCCCCAUAUUGGCAUGAAUUUCUGUCUUCUCUAACACCAUAUGACCUUCUCUAUAUAAUGCUUUAAAAUGUGAUUAUAUUUAUGAUUUUUAAAAGAAGUUUAUUACCUGUUGUGAAGGUCUUUUUAAACCAGCUUAGAUUUAAAGAAAAAUUAAUGGAAACCAUCAAAAAUUCAUUUCAUAUUAACAGUCUGAAAAUAAACCAAAGGACAUUAUGUGUGCAUAUGUGUAUAAGUGCACACAGAAAUAUAUAUACAUAUGUAAACUAUAUACAUGUGUGUAUGUGUGUGUGUGUAUAUAUAUAUAUAUAUAUACACUGUAUAAAUGUAUAUAUACACAUAUACUUAAAAUGUGUGUAUGUGUAUUUAUUGAAGAAACCGACACCAUAUUCAUCUCUAAAAGAAUAUUCAGAGAAUAUCAAGAUGAUUCUGGCUGAAGAAAAAGGCCGGUGGAAAUUCAGGUGAAAAUGUUCAUUGAUUCCCAUUGUAUCACCUCUGUAAUUUUGCAGCUUUCUGUAUAAACAUUAAAUAUCUUAUAUAGCAGCAAAAAUAUAAAAUAGUUGUCCAUAUUUUCACAGCUGUGGUGUAAUUUAUGAAAUUAGAGAGUAACUUAUCAGCUUCUUAAUAGAAAUGGCAAGUUUUGAUAUGAGUAUACAGUAUAUAAAAAUAUAUAUAUAUAGUGCUAUAUAAAAAUAUUUGGCCUCUAUUUCAUUUUUUGCACCAGUAUUAACACAGAAAUAUGUCUAGCUAGUGAGGUUUUUAAGAUAUCCCUGAUCCUAAUGCAAGAGACAGUUAUUUAUAAUCAUUUAUUUUAAAAAAUAAAAAUAAGUGAAUAAUGAUUAAUCAAGUCAACAUUGUUACUCCCUGUGACAAAAUUUUAUAAGUAAAUUUAAAAAGACAUAUUGUAAAUUAGGAGACUCAACAAUAAAACAUUACCUUCCAGAAACUAUGUGGGAUGUGAUAUAUAUUACAUAAAAACACUUUCAUCCAUUCUAAGAGCAGAUAAUAAUAAAAAGUUGCCAAAGAGAGAUCUAAAAAGCCUGCUUUCAUAAAAUAUGCCUGAGAGAUUUAAAAUUAGCAAAUAAAUCACAUACAAAUUACGAUCUACUGCAGCAUUUUUCAAACUCAAGUUAUAUGCCAUUAAACAGUUGUAAAAAAAAUUUAGGGAGUCAGGACUAACAUUUUGGAAUAGAAUAAAACAGAAUAGAAUAGAAACGAAAUGAAUGGAAUGGAAUUGAUCCUGCAUAUUAAUGAGAAUCGAAAUAUUGGGGGGGGGAUGUGUGUCUGGAAAUAAAAAAUGUACCUGUGUGUAUAUGUGUGUAUUGGCUUACAAGGUAAAUAUUUCUUACUGUGGGUCAUGGUCAAAAAACUUUUAGAAAGACUAUUCUAGAAUAUAUUCAUCAAGCUAGACUGAGUUAAGCUGCAGUAACAAACAGCCCCCAAAUUUCAGUGGCUUAACACUGCAAAGAUCUAAUUAUCAUUCACAUGAAUUCCUCUGAGGGUUCAGGAGACUCCCCGAGGCCACAGACUCAGGGAGUCAGGCUGCUUUAAUCUUCAGUCUUAUGGUUUGUAAUCAUACCCAAGACCGCUAAAUCGCCACACAGAAGAGAACCCCCGGAGGACUCUUAUCCACUCCUGUGUUCAGCCUGAAGGAGACACACUUGCCAUUUGAGCUACUCUGCAUUGGCCGAUACUGUCAGUGACCCCGCCUAAAUGCAAGGCAGCUGGGAAAUGUAGGACAUCUAAUGGAAUACUUGACGAGCAUCGGAGAGAGCUUGACAUUCUCUUAAAAUGUAUUAAGUACCGAUUUACAUGGCCACCUCUCUUCACGGAUAGUACUGUGAACAGUAUUACAAACCAGCUGUCACCCAUGUGACCACAAGCUAUUCUAGCAAUCUUAAUAGUUUUUAAUAAAAUACUA